AUGGGGACAGGGACCGGGAUCGGGGUCAGGAUCAGGGCCAGGGAUGGGGACAGGGACUGGGAUCAGGGUCAGGAUCAGGGCCGGGAUGGGGGCAGGGAUCGGGUCUGGAAUCGGGAUCAGGAUGGGAUCAGGACUGUGCCGGAGCCGUCGCUGCCCUUUCCCCGCAGGAACCUGCUGGUGAACCUGGGGCUGUUUGCCGCGGGCGUUUGGGUCGCUCGGAACCUCACGGACAUCGACCUGAUGGCGCCGCAGCCUGUGCCCUAG